AUGGCCGACCAGCACGAAACGGGCGAGGUCGUCGGGAUCGACCUGAGUCCGAUUCAACCCAUUGUGGUCAGAGCCUGUCACUGGGUGUAUUUCACCGCUGAUGUGGUACAGGUUCCCCCUAACUGCAGUUUUCUGGUGGACGAUGCCGAGCUUACUUGGGACGACCCUAAGAAGUACCAUCUGAUCCACUUCCGCAACAUGGAAGGGGCCUUCAGGGAGUGGCCGCGAAUCCAUCGACAGGUAUGGGAGUCGCUGGAGCCGGGGGGCACCGUACAGAUCCAGUCGCUCGACUUUGACGUCUACGCCCAGCAAGGAGAAGUGCCAGACCCAAUCAGGCAGUGGGUUGCGGAUCUCUAUAGCAGCGCAAGCGAACGUGGUACACCGAUAGACGUGGCGUACCGGCACAAGAACUGGUUGAGAGAAGUUGGUUUUAUGGACGUGAGCGCAGAUGUUACUCACAUACCACUGGGGUCCUGGGCCGAAGAGAAAAACCUGAGGAAUGUCGGCCAAUGGAACCUCAUCGCCACUCUCCAUGGAUUAGAAGCUUAUAGCAUGGUUUUGUUGGUGGAGAACGGCAAGUUCUCGCCGGAAGAGGUUCUGGUGCGACUCUCGUCUGUCAGGAAGGAGUAUAAAGAGAAUUGCUGCGCGAGGCGGAUGUUUUCCAAGGUGGUCAUGAUUGCGGCUCGCAAGCCAGGCUAG